UUUGAAAGGUUUCGGCGGAUGUGCCGGGGUUGUGUUCGGGCUAACUUUCCGGUGUAAUUCGGUCAAAGCUAUCAACAAGCCCUCCGAGGCUUGCCGCUCGCAGCCGGUUGUCCUCCUCCUUCCCUUGUGUUCUGGGAGUCCCUGUGGUUCCCCCCCACCCCACCACCACCACCACCACCUCCACCCGUCUCUGUGCAGCCACAGUGGGAGUGGGUGUGUCGAUGCGAGCCAGUGUAGCCUCUUCGCUGCUUGUGCGCAGUCUGAAAAAGACGAAAAAGUUGAUGAUGAGUUCAGAGUAAGAGCGGCCCGCCUCGGAGCAGCCCAACCGUCCGGGAAUGGCAGUCUGGACCCGAGCGGACAAAAACGGCCAGCUGGACCUUCUGCUCCGCGACCGCUGGAUCCGAGUAACGGCGGAACUAACGCGGGAGACGCUGACUUUAACGGCCGAGGCGGAGGUGAGCGGACCGGGGGGAAAUCACUGGGACUACUCCUCGGCUGGCCUGCGAAAUGGCAUGUCGAACGGAAACGAGCCUGGAUCGAGCUCGGGGAACCCGGGUCGAGGUUCCUCCUCGGGUCAAGAGCAACUUCAGAACCAAAAUCACGGAGUUCGGGGACAGAGUAGCAGCCCGGGUCGAGGAAGCGUCAGCCGGGGUCAGUACGAUGGAAACUACGGUGUAAAUAGUUCUGGAAAGUACCCGGUUAACGGCGCAAACUCUGACUUCGGAAGCCCUGGGUCCGGCUACGGGAGUCCUGGGUCAAGCUUCGGAUCGAGGCAAGGCGACCCCCAGGUCAGUCUAGACGGCUCCUCCGAAGCGGUGCGGAAGGUCCGAGUUGUCAAGCAAGAGUCCGGCGGGCUGGGGAUCAGCAUCAAGGGAGGGCGAGAGAACCGGAUGCCCAUCCUCAUCUCCAAGAUCUUCCCGGGGCUUGCCGCGGACCAGAGCCGGGCUCUGCGGGUGGGAGACGCGAUCCUGUCGGUUAACGGGAACGACCUGCGGGAGGCGACCCACGACAUGGCGGUCCAGGCGCUGAAGAAAGCCGGGAAAGAAGUUACGUUGGAAGUCAAAUACAUCCGUGAGGUGUCUCCGCUCUUCAAGAAGCCGUCCCUGGUUGCUGACCUGCCGUGGGACGGCGUCCGCCCGCAGUCUCCCAGCUGCAGUGGCAGCGAGGACUCUGGGUCACCCAAACACAGCAGCUCCACGUCCAAAGACAGGAAGGUCAUCAGCCUGAAGAUGUGCUUCAUCAGCAGGAACCUCACCAUGCCUGAUCUGGAGAACAGGCUGCUGGAGCUGCACUCCCCGGACGGCCAGCACACCGUGGUGCUGCGCUGUAAAGACGGAGCUACCGCCAACUCCUGGUUCACUGCCAUACACACCAACAUAGCCGCCCUCCUGCCGCAGACCCUGGCACACAUCAACGCCUACCUGGGGGCUUCAUCUGCGGCCUCCACACAUCCCCACCUUAAACACAUUGGCUGGCUGGCUGAACAGAUCCAGCUGGAAGGCGGUCGGCAGCAGUACAGACCAGAGGUCAUGGCGCUGACAGAGAAAGACAUCUUGUUGUUCGAGUCGGUGCCGUGGAGCAGAGAAUCCUGGUCCAUGCCUCUACUCACACACCCGCUGCUCGCCACCAGACUGGUACACUCCGGCAGCGCCAGGGGUUCUCCGUCCCACAGCUCAGACCUGGUGUUUGCCACUCGGACCGGCACCGGGCGUGGCAUCGAGUCGCACAUCUUCAGAGUGGAGACUCACUGGGAUCUGUCCACAUGGACGCGCGCUCUCGUCCAGGGGGUGCAUGCUGCCGCUGAGAUCAUCAAAGAGGUCUCCAUCGGUUGCACACUGAAUAGACAGGACGUCCGGCUGACGCUGCACUACGAAAAGGGCUUUACUGUUACGAGGGAGCCAGCUGACCAAACAGGGGGCGCUGUGCUCUUCAGGUACCCCUAUGAGAAGCUUAAAAUGUCCGCAGACGAUGGAGUACGCAACCUUUACCUUGACUUUGGUGGUCCAGAGGGAGAAAUGGUGUUCGACCUCCACUCGGGUCCAAAGCCGGUGGUGUUUGUCCUCCACUCCUUCCUGUCAGCCAAGCUUACCCGCAUGGGCCUUCUGACGUGAAGCGGCCGACUGAUUUCAGUACAAACAGAAGGAUUUCUUUUUACAGUUGAUUUUGGUUUUUUGGUUUUUUUCCAGUUUCUAGACUUAUGGUUGAAGCUAAGCUUGUGCUGGCGCUGCAGGGGAAGUUUAAAGCAGGAGUCGUUUUUGUUGAUUGUCUCAAAAAUGUGCCUUCCAGCUCCCAUUCAGCCUCUCGUAAUCAUCUGCGCUGCAAAGUUGGUGUAAAAGGAAGGAGCGUUUCGCUUCAGGUCGAGAGAAUUUAGGAAGCUACUUCAAUGUGCAAAAAGUAGGAGUUUAACAAUCUCAUAACAUUCCACAGAGAAAUGUUUAAACCUUGUUACAACGAUAUGAUGUGGUGAACGAUGUACUUAAGAGUCUACAACACUCUAAAGGUUUUACUGAAAAAAGUCAGGAGUGCUUUUGUAGAUACAAACACAGAGUUAAGCACAUUCUGGUCCAUUCUCCCUGUUUUUACUCUGCCUAUCAUUCCAUAACAGCCUUCCCAUACAUCUAGGCUCUUUUUGAACUUGUUUGUCUUUGUGUCCGCCUGUGUUAGGAAGCUGUUUUAGACUCAGUGCAGUUACUUGAGCAGAGACAGUGCGAAUGAGGGACAAGUUGUGUGACUGUGUCUCCUUACUACUCGCUUCUAUUGGCUAGACAUGGUGUGUCUGCACAUUAUCCCAAACUACUAUUUGUAAUCAGGAUCGCCAACCGUGCCUUUAACUUGUAGUCACAGACACUCUUUAUAAUGUUUCCUUUUAUACUUCAUAUAAUAACAGAUUUAAAGCUUUGAUCAAGCAAUAGUAUUACUCUGAUAAACCAUGUUACUGUGUUUUAUACAUAUAUAUCUUUCCCAUGAUAGCAUGAAUGUCUGAUAAUAAACUUUAUAUCAGAUAAUGUCUUUUUUUUUUACUUCCUAUCCUUCACCUACAAUUCUACAUAUUUUUCCCUUUCUAUUUACUUAUUCAAGUUGGAAAAAAUUACUUGUUCUCGUUUCCUUCCUAACUACCACUGUCCAGUAAGAGAUGGUAUAAGGACUUGUCAAAAAGGCUUGCCAUCACUUGACAGAGAUAUGAAUGUGCGUUAAGAGCUGCUUUGUACUUCCAUAAACUUAUUUUAGACUUUUCUUUACUUUGCCUCAACAAAGAGGAUUAACACAAGCCCUUAUUUUCUAAGUUUGCAAAAUAUGAAAGUUUUCCAAGAUUUGUAAUCUUGUUACACACUACCAAUCUUCAGCGAAUAAUGGCAAAUGUUUUAAAUUUAACACAAAAAAAUCUACUUAAUGAUAUGUAGUUUUUAGAAGUAGUCACCCUAAAGCAAGUGACAUUUUUCAUUAACUGUUCAGCUUUACGUUGGAAAUGUUUCAGUUUUGAGCCAUGUUACAUUUUUUAUAUUCCGAUUAAAAGUAUCCUCUCACAUCAAAAUAAGUAAUCAAAUUAACAAAAUCUCAUCUCACUGUCUUCAUGUCGUUGUUGGAAAAAAAACUUGUUUUUCAAAAUAAUUUUUUUUUAUUUUUAUUGAUGCUAUAAAUGCCACAGAAAAACUGAUACUGAACAAGCUAUUGACUACAGAUGAUCCUAACUGUGAAAAUUAAAUACAGAUCAUUUGCUAGCCUGUUAAAUUAUCUUGAAACAUAGCUUUUCUUUACUUACGUUAGGUAGAGUAUAUAAAGUUACCUAACAUUAUUCUAGGCUAGGCUAGUCCUACUAGAAGCUAGCUUUAGCUUUUAGCAGGACUUUUACUGAUUAAUGGGAUGUACAUUUUCAUCAAAACCAUAAAAGUUUUAAAAGCUGUCAUAUAUAUUCCUUGUAGGUUGUAACAAAGUCAGUCCUAAUGAUAUUGUAGUGUCAGCCAAGCCUAACAUAAGCCUGUUAUCACAACUUGGUAAGGCUAGUUCUGCUAGAAGCUAGCUUUAACUGCUAGCAGGACUAGUCUAACCUAGCAUCAGAGAUUUUCAAGUAGGCUAGGCUAAGAUAUUCCUGUUAAAAAUGAGUUUAGUUUUUAGCAGAACUAUAAAUGAUGUAUUUGCAUCAGAGAUUUUUGUCACUAUUAUUAGGCUAGACCUUAUAUAACCCUAACUUCAAGUAGAACUAGCCUAGCCUAGCAUUAAAGAUGAUCACUUAAACUUGGCUAGUCCUGCUUAAAGGUAGGUUUAAUUUAGAUACCAGUCCUCAAUUUAAAAGGCAGAUAAAAUUAGGAAAAUAUGACAUUAAAAAAAACAAAGAAGUGCAAAAAUAUAACAGAAAUGUUACAAUAAAUCUAUACUUGUUGUCCUUAAGUCUGUGAAUUAUGACAAGUGAGGAAACUCCACAUGCUAAUGUCAGUGAGAUGUGGUUAAAAAAGUUUUGGAAAUAUCCUAAACAAUGGCAAGGUUUGCUGAUUUUUAAAAUGUAUUAAUUUAUGAAUUCAGUAUGAUUGUAAUUUACCCACAGGCAUCCUCUAAAACUGUUUCAUGUUUGCAGAAGAGGGGGCUCAGUGAAGCCUUGGUUCUUUUAGACCGCAGACAAUGUCCCAUUGUGUCCACUGACUGUGCACCGCAAGAAAGCAAUAUAACCCUCUCUUGUCGGAAUAAGGUCAUUCCGGCCUGAAUGACCUCCGCACUGUAGGACAUUUUUUUUAAUGAGAGUGAAAUCACAUUGUUGUCUAGUUCCUUUUAAAUUUUUAAGCCAUUUUCAAAGUAAAUUUAAUGUUAACUGUUUUUAAGCAAAAGUAGACUCUACUUCACUUCCCUUAUUCUGUUCAAUAUUAAUGAAUUCCUGCUACAUUUGCAGAUAUAGUAAAGAUUGUUUGUUAAGCUGUUUAUCUUAUGUCUGCUUGUGUAACUGUGACCUGAUUUUAAUUAUGUUAAUUAACUCAAAAAGCUUCAGGUUGUCCAGUUUUGAAUUGAUGCACUCACCUGGCAGACCCCUUUAAAGCUUUGAAUGUAAACCUUUAACCUUCUUCCUUUUUUUUCUCUUAUGAAAUCAUGGCAUUCCUGUCUAUGCAAAUUAACGCUUCAAAGAAAGGGUUUUAUUGAACCAAAGGUAUUAUCUGUGGCAGCUUGCGUCCCACACAAUCAUUAAACUGAAAAAUUACAGUGCUGCUGCAAAAACUUGUUAUAUGCAAAGUAUUUUAGAUAUCCUUCAGUAUACAUUGUACAAUACCAAUGUAGUAGCCUAAUGUGUAAAUAUCUAUUAAUAAAACUGUUGUAAAUUCAA